AUGUUUUCUCUUUAUCUUUUCUUUCUACACUCUUCUUCUUCUUCUUCCUCUUCUUCUUUUCUUCUUUCUCUUCUUGUCUCUCCUACAAAUGGGCAUUACAAAACCUUUAUUUUUAUUUUUUCUCCCUCUUCUUACUUUCUUCUCCUUUCUUUACUUUCUUUUUUUUCUUCUUUCUCUUUUUCCUUCCCUAUAAGUGUCCUUUUCUUUCCUUUUUCUUCACUCCAUCUACAUUACCUUUUUAUUUGUUUCUUCUUUUCCCUUUUUUCCUCUUCUAAUUCUACCAAUUUCUUCACACCCUCCCUCUUUCUCAUUCUAUUAUUAUUUAUCAUUUUUUUCUUUUGUCACCUCUCUUUUCUUUGUUCUACUUUUAUAGAUAUAUCUUUUUAUUUUUCUCUUUAUCUCUCUUUUGUUUUUCCUCUCUUUCUUUCACUCCUUCACUUUCCCUCACCUUUUUUUGCUCCUUCACUUUCCCUCACCUUUUCUUUUUCUCCUUCAUUUUCUCUCACUCUUUCUUUCCUACUUUUUUCUUUCCUGCUUUCUUUCCUUCUUUUAUUUUCUCCCUUGCUUUCUUUUUUCUCUCCUGAUUUCUUUCCCUCUUUUUUUUCUCUCUUGAUUUUUUUCUUUCUCUUUUCUCUACCUCUUUUACUCUUUCUCUCUUCAUUCCAUUCUGUCUAUCACAUUUUUCUCUUUAUCAUUUCCUCUUUCUUUUUUCUUCAUCCAUUUCCUUUCUUUACUUUGUAUCCCUUUUGUCAUAAUUUUAAAUAUUUUAUCCUUCACAGGAAUAUUUGUCAUGUGAAAACUUUUAGGGGACAAAAGUCUUACUACCUUAUUGUAUCAAUAUCAAUGAAACAAGCUAUUGUUACUGCCAGUUUAUUUUUAAAAUAUUUUUUAUUGUAA